CGUUAUCAGAGCGCGUCACUGGCGGCUGAACAGCAGCAUGAGGCGGUGGUGGAGGACCGGAACGACCUUGUUGCUCGGAGCGGGACUCGGAGCUUCAGUGACCCGCCUGCUGAGCGUCAGAGGCCGGCAGGAGGAGGAGGACGGAGCCGGGACUCUGCCGGAGCUUCUGAGGAGAGUCCCGGUGAUCCCGGUACCGACGGUCCAGGCCUCCGAACUGACGGUGAGUCCAGGUGGGUCGGGGGCAGUGAUGAAGUACGGCUUCCCCUCAUUGGCCAACAUCAAGACCAGAGAAUCCUAUGUCACCUCGUAUGACACCCGCACACGCACUGCAUCCUGGGUAAUAGAGAGGCUAAGCCCCGCCUCCCUGAACGGCCCAUCAGACAGGAAGUACUGUGAGUUCAAAGAGGACGACAGCGUGCACGUGUUCCACAGAGCAACCAACGCCGACUACAGGGGGAGUGGCUUCGACAGAGGACACCUGGCAGCUGCAGCCAAUCACAAGUGGAGUCAGAAAGCCAUGGACGACACCUUCUACCUGAGCAACGUUGCACCGCAGAACCCUCACCUGAACCAGAACACCUGGAACAAUCUGGAGAAGUUGUGUCGCUCUCUGACCAAAUCCUACCUGAAUGUGUACGUGUGCACGGGGCCGCUCUACCUGCCCAGGCAGGAGGCUGACGGGAAACUCUACGUUCGAUAUCAGGUGUUGGGACGAAACCAUGUCGCCGUGCCAACGCACUUCUUCAAGGUGGUGAUCCUGGAGCAGAUGGACGGCAGGGGGGUGGAGCUUCGGUCGUAUGUUUUACCCAAUGAACCGGUGAAUGAGAAGGUUCCUCUGGAGCGUUUCCUGGUUCCCAUAGAAACCAUCGAACGAGCAUCAGGACUUCAGUUUGUCCCAAACAUCAUGAAGAGGACCAGCAGCCUGCAGGCCAUCACCGCCAGAUAGAUACAUUACCCACAAUGCACUGCACCUAGAGCCGACGUGUUUCCUGCGAGACGCCUGCUGGACAGCAUCAUCAUGUGACAUCAUCAUGUUUGUAUAUUAUUAUAUUUGAUAUUUCAGAGAUAAUUGUGAUUAAAGAUGAUCAAUAAAUAAUAAUCAGCUG